CUCAGUUUCCUUUCACUUCCACAAAACCAGAGCAGAAGACAAAGAAGACGAAAUGGAGGGAAUAGAGCACAGGACGGUCAAAGUCAACGGGAUCAACAUGCACGUAGCCGAAAAGGGUCAAGGCCCCGUGAUCCUCUUCAUCCACGGUUUCCCGGAGCUGUGGUACUGCUGGAGGCACCAAAUCCAGGCCUUGGCCGCGGUCGGCUACCGCGCCGUAGCCCCGGACCUCCGCGGCUAUGGCGACACCGACGCGCCCGCCGAUCAGUCGAGCUACACGUGCCUCCACGUGGUCGGCGAUCUGGUGGCGCUGUUGGAUGCUGUAGCGGCGGAUCAGGAGAAGGUGUUCGUGGUGGGGCACGACUGGGGUGCGUUGAUCGCUUGGUAUCUUUGUCUGUUUCGGCCGGACCGGGUUAAGGCUCUGGUCAACUUGAGCGUGGCGUUCAGUCCUAGAAAUCCUCAGAGGAAGACUACUGAAAUGUUGAGAGCUGUUUAUGGGGAUGACUAUUACAUGUGCAGAUUUCAGGAACCAGGAGAGAUUGAAGCUGAAUUUGCCCAGAUCGGUACUGCAAGAGUUAUGAAGGAAUUCCUGACAUAUCGCCAUCCUGGUCCACUUUUCCUGCCUAAAGGUAAAGGCUUUCGACAUCCUCCAGAUGCUCCAAUUCCUUUGCCAAGUUGGUUGUCUGAGGAUGAUGUUAACUACUAUGUCAGCUUCUUCGAGAAGAAGGGCUUCACUGGUGGCAUAAACUACUAUCGAAACUUUGACAGGAACUGGGAACUGACUGCACCUUGGACUGGGGCUCGGAUAAAAGUUCCAGUUAAGUUCAUUGUGGGAGACCAGGACCUAGUUUAUAAUUCUCUUGGAGCCAAGGAUUUCAUACACAAAGGUGGGUUCAAGAAAUAUGUGCCGCUACUGGAAGAGGUAGUCGUAAUGGAAGGAGUUGGCCAUUUUAUUAACGAAGAAAGGCCUAAUGAAAUUAGUGAACACAUCCAUGACUUCAUCAAGAAGUUCUAGUGAUGAUCGAGAUAUAUGCAUUUCAUUUUCCUCUAUUGUGUGUUGUGUGAUGUGUCUUGUAGUCCUACUUGUGUUCCUGUUGUGCGCUUCUUGCCUGACGCCUAAUUGUUAGCUUUUGUGAUCAAUUUCCUAUCGUUCCUCG